AUGUUGGAACCUAUGGUGAAGAAAGCCAAGCGUGUGGGCACCACAUUGCCCUUCACCAAGGGCCCCCUGCCGAUGAAUGCCACUGUGAGACGCACUGAUGUGACCUCGCCAGCUGCGUACAUGGACAAGCGCAGCGACCAGUGCGAUGGACUCACAGUGAAGGAGUGCCUUCAAUUGAAGUUCAAGAACAAGGAGGGUGAGAAAACAAACUACAAACAGAGCGACCUUCGCUAUGACCUACAAGCCAAUCGCUUGGAGCUGCUGGCAGCCGAGGAGGCGCCAAAGCUGCCUCCAAGCAGCUUGGUAAAGGUGAAACAUCCCUCCGGCGCCCAGUCCUUGGCCAACGGCGUGGCCUUGCACAACGGCGUGGUGAUGCCGGUGGUUGGCUUUGGCACCUACAAGCUCUCCAACGCCGAUGUGACGAAGCCCGUGUUGAACGCCUUGCAGCAGGGCUAUCGCUUGAUCGACACUGCGCAGGUCUACGAGAAUGAGAAGGGUGUUGGUGAUGCCAUUCGACAGAGUGGCCUCGCGCGUGGAGAUGUCUUCAUUGAGACGAAGGUUUGGCGUUCCAGCCACGGCUAUGAGAGGACCAUCAAGGCCUGCAAGCAAUCCUUGAAGAAGCUGGGGGUUGACUACUUGGACCUCUAUGUGAUUCAUUGGCCUGGACCGAAGACCGGCUGGCCGCUGAAGAAAGGUACGGUGUGUCCUCCGGAUUGGACUCCCAAGAUGCGUGACACGGGCACCUGGCGUGCCAUGGAAGAGUUGUAUGAACAGGGCCUGGUGAAGGCCAUUGGUGUGACCAACUAUUCCUUGCGGCACCUGAAGCAGCUGAUGAAGACCUGCAAGAUCAAGCCCAUGAUUAACCAGGUGGAGUUUCACCCACGCCUGGUGCAGACAGAGAUGUUGGAGUUUUGCCAGAAGAAUGGCAUCGUUCUCCAAGCAUAUGCAUCUUUGGGAUCUGGCGAUGCAAAACAGGCUGAGGAUUUCUUCUCCUUCCCAGCAGUGAAGAAAGCAGCCACAGCUCAUAAGGUCACCAGUGCACAGGUCCUGCUGCGUUGGGCGAUGCAGAAAGGCUGUCACGUGAUUCCCAAGUCGGUGCGUCCCGAACGGAUGAAGGAAAAUGCUGGAGUCUUCAAUUUCAAACUGACUGCAGCAGAGAUGAAAGCCAUCGAUGAAUUGCACAGUGGCACACGAUAUGCUUGGAAGGGCGUGGAUCCCGACACCGUGCAGUGA